CCCCCUCCUCCUCCACACUCCACUCCUCGCCUUCCACUCUCCACACCUCGCCUCGCGUCGAGCACCUGGCAAUGGCGGCUCACGCGCCCUCGAUGCGCCCCACCCACGCCCUCUCCUCGUGAGAUCGCCUGCUGCGCUCUCUCCCCGCGCGCGCGCGCGCCUCCCUCCCUGUUUGUUGAAUCCAAGAGCGAGCCCGACCGCAUCUUGGACCCUCCCCUCCCCGCGGUUCUUGGACGACGCCGGUGCGCGCGGUGGCUCUGCUGUCCCCGCGCCGCACCGCGCCGAAUCCGAGCAGAACGCGCGCGCGUCGGCGGGGGGAUCUGCAAUGGCGGCCGUGGCGGUGCCCCCGCUCUCCGCGUGGCUCGUCGCCGCGCGCUCCUCGACGCAGGCGGAAUGCGGCGGCGCCGACGAGCACCACCACCACCACCAUCAGCAGCAGCACCAGUGCUGCGUCGGCGGCGGGUCCAGCACGGUGAUGUUCGGCCCGCGCCGCCGCCGCUUCCUCGGCGGCGGCGCGCGGCGGCGCGGCGCGGCGCGCUCUGGAAUGGCCAUGGCUGUUGCCCUGCAGCCUGAAAGGAGAACUGUUGAAAAGAAACCUGAUGUUAAACAAAGAAGGGUGGUUAUCACUGGCAUGGGUGUAGUAACACCGUUGGGCCAUGAUCCUGAUGUGUUUUACAACAACCUUCUGGAUGGUGUUAGUGGAAUAAGCGAGAUAGAAAGGUUCGACUGCUCCACGUUUCCGACGAGAAUUGCAGGAGAGAUAAAAUCCUUUUCUACUGAUGGUUGGGUUGCUCCUAAGCUAGCUAGGCGAAUGGACAAGUUCAUGCUAUAUUUGAUAACUGCUGGAAAGAAGGCGUUGGAACAUGGUGGUCUCACUGAAGAACUCAGGAAUGAAUUGGAUAAAACCAGAUGCGGUGUUCUCAUUGGUUCUGCAAUGGGUGGCAUGAAGGUUUUUAAUGAUGCGAUUGAAGCAUUGAGGGUCUCCUACAAGAAAAUGAACCCAUUUUGUGUCCCUUUUGCAACUACAAAUAUGGGCUCUGCAAUACUUGCAAUGGAUCUGGGCUGGAUGGGGCCGAACUAUUCUAUUUCCACCGCGUGUGCUACCAGUAAUUUCUGUAUCCUCAAUGCAGCAAACCAUAUCAGAAGAGGGGAAGCUGAUGUUAUGCUCUGUGGUGGUUCUGAUGCACCACUCAUCCCAAUUGGAUUAGGAGGUUUUGUGGCUUGCAGAGCACUUUCACAGAGAAACAGUGACCCAACUAAAGCUUCCCGGCCAUGGGAUGUGGACCGUGACGGUUUUGUUAUGGGGGAAGGGGCAGGUGUUCUUGUGUUGGAAGAACUUGAACACGCCAAGCAAAGAGGUGCAAAAAUAUAUGCUGAAUUUCUAGGUGGAAGCUUCACGUGUGAUGCAUACCACAUGACUGAGCCACAUCCUGAAGGAAGAGGGAUUAUUCUUUGUAUAGAAAAGGCACUGGCUGAUUCAGGAGUAGCAAGGGAAGAAAUCAACUAUGUCAAUGCUCACGCAACGUCUACACAGUCAGGUGAUUUGAAGGAGUAUGAAGCUAUUGUCCGCUGCUUUGGCCAGAACCCUCAGCUAAGGGUGAACUCAACAAAAUCAAUGACUGGACAUCUAAUAGGUGCAGCUGGUGGAAUAGAAGCUGUUGCUGCUAUUCAAGCUAUAAGAACUGGCUGGGUCCAUCCGAAUCUGAAUUUGGAGAACCCAGAGAAAAUAGUGGAUGUGGGCGUGCUGGUCGGGUCGCAGAAGGAGAGAUGCAAAGUGAAUGUGGCACUGUCAAACUCAUUUGGAUUUGGUGGGCACAACUCAUCAAUUCUGUUUGCACCCUUCAAGUGAACUCGGCCUACGAUUAUCGCUUGCUCCCUCAAAUUUCCAACCGCGCCAUGGUACCGGAACCGCGUAUAGAAAACUAGCAAGCAAGUGAAUUCAUGGCUUACACAUGCUAUGAAUAAUUGAACAUGAAGGUCCAAGCUAAGAAGAGCAUUGUGCCAUACAACAACAGAGUGAAGAAAGUAAGAAACCAUAGAGGCCAUGUCCAUGGCAUGACCACUCCUAAGUUUCAUUUUGUAUCACCAUCGCAAAUACAUCCCUGGAAAAGUCCUGGAUUUCCUUUUUCUCAAGUGAAGAAGAAUAUGAUGUAGCCUAUGGCCUAUGUUAUUACUUUGUUUAUCUCAUCUAGGAGGACUUUGUGUAUCCUACCUGGGCCGGUAAUUUUUUUUUCUUUUUUCGCCUCACCUCAGAACCCUUCUCUAGAUUUGGCAUAGUUGAUGAGAGUGAGGAUGCUUUGCAGUACAGAGGUGCUGUCAUUUGAUGUUGUAUUGAUGAUGUUUAUUAGUAACUUUGGCUACUCAUAUUAGCCGUGAAAAAAAAAUGAUGGUUUCUUGUAAGCUGUGAAAUACUGUUUUUUUUUUCUGAAUACAACAGUUGUAAGCUGUGAAAUGCUACUUCGGAGGA